AUGGCUAUUGCCUGCCCAUUGUUGGCUGCCUCCUUGCUUUUAUGUUCAUUGCUUGUCAUUGCUUCUGCAAAUGACUAUGGUGCUUAUGAUUCAUCCAAAACACAAUCUUAUGAUUAUGGUACUGCAAAGCCGGUCAAACAACAACAGCUAGAAAAGGAAGAGAAGCCUUAUGUCUAUAAAUCACAGCCAGAAGAGAAGGGAAAACCAUUGUUAGAAGCUACAGCAAGCAUCGGUUACGGCACAAAAUCAGUUUACCAACCACAACCAGAAAAGCCCGAGUUAAAACAGGAAGAAAAGAGUGAUUAUGGCACUAAGUAUAACUCCUAUAAACCACAGCCAGAUCAAGAGAAAGAGAAGCCAAUGCCAGAAGAGACAGAAAAGACUGGUUAUAGCACAAAACCAGUCUAUCAACCACAACCAGAAAAGCCUGAUUAUAACACCAAGCCAAAUUACUAUGAACCACAGCCAGAUCAAGAGAAAGAGAAGCCAAUGCCAGAAGAGAGAGAAAAGUCUGGUUAUAGCACAAAACCAGUCUAUCAACCACAACCAGAAAAGCCAGAGUCAAAGCAGGAAGAAAAGCCUGAUUAUGGAACCAAGCCAAAUUACUAUCAACCACAGCCAGAAGACAAGGAAAAACCAAUGCCAGAAGAGACAGAAAAGCCAGGUUAUAGCACAAAACCAGUCUAUCAACCACAACCAGAAAAGGUAGAGUCAAAGCAGGAAGAAAAGCCUGAUUAUGGAACCAAGCCAAAUUACUAUAAACCACAGCCAGAAGACAAGGAAAAACCAAUGCCAGAAGAGACAGAAAAGCCAGGUUAUAGCACAAAACCAGUCUAUCAACCACAACUAGAAAAGGCAGAGUCAAAGCAGGAAGAAAAGCCUGAUUAUGGAACCAAGCCAAAUUACUAUAAACCACAGCCAGAAGACAAGGAAAACCCAGAAACAGAAAAUGAAGAAAAGCCUGAUCUCUACAAACCAAAACCUGAAGUUCUUCCCAUUGUUGUUGAAGGGCUUGUUUUAUGCAAAUCAGGUCCCAAGUAUUACCCAAUUCGAGGAGCUUUGACAAGGAUAACGUGUUUAACUGUUGAUGAAAAUGGGUAUGCGAAGAGUCACUCGGUUUGCAGCGGAGAAACUGAUGAAAAGGGUUACUUCUUAGCGAUAUUGUCUCCUUCAGGCCUUGACGACGUCGAUCUGUCGAGCGAGCUCAGAGAUUGCAAGGCGUUCCUUGAAAGCUCUCCGUUGGAGACCUGCAACAUUCCCGUUGAUGUCAACAAAGGCAUUAGUGGCGCUCCGCUUUCUGGGUUCCGUGUUCUCCAUCACUUGGGGAUGAAGCUUUUCUCCGUCGGACCUUUCUUCUUCACCCCUCAACUUACUCCUGUCACUAAUGGCUACUAAACACCUUAAUUCCUUUGAUUUUAUUAUAAUUUAUUUAUUUGUCUUAUGUUUUGGAUCGUUUGGUUUCGAGGAAGGC